UCAGGGGGCAACAUGGCGCUUGGCAGGAUCGGCGGCUGCAUCCGAAUACUGCUUCAUGAUGUUCCCGCAAAAGGAUUACUUCGUGGCCGCAUACAAUCGGACUGUAUGGUAUGCAGAGUAGGAGCAAAAAGGCAUCUAUUGUCAGAGGAUGUUGUCAAACUACAAGAAUUUCAGCAGCGGAAACUGGCAGUGGCUCAUCAAGUGUCCGGAUCAAAAAGUCAUUAUUUGGAGGUAUUCAAUCGGAAGCUAAAGAAGAACGAGCUCAUAUUGAAGGAUGAGCUGAAGCUGCUUCUACACUUAUGCCAAUCUGCAGAGGACAUGGUCACAGCCAGAGGCGCCAUCUAUAGGUACCACGAAGAGAACAGUAACGUAUCAUUUGGAGAGUUUAAGUUUGGUCCUCUGUUCAUGAGGCUGUGCUAUGAGCUGGGGCUGGAGGAGAUGGCUGCUGCCACACUGACAGACAAGGACAUGAGAGGAUUCUUCUCGGACUCAACCUCCUUCAAUAUUGCCAUAGACAUGUUGUUUAUGAAAGGAUUAUAUGAGAGUUCUCUGGAUGUACUUAGAGACAUGAAGAACCAAGGUGUGCCAUUCAACAAGGACACGUUCACAUUAGCAACUGGUACCUGCUAUAAACUGAACACCCCGGAGUCCUAUAGAAUCUGUACUGCCCUGAUAGAGGAGGGACAGACCAAAGGACACAUUAUGCCCAGACAUGCCUACUUCUUCACUGUGGCUCUAGCACUUAGACAGAAUGAUGUUGAAAAGGCACAAUCCAUGUUCGGUCAGAUUAUGAGUACUGACAGCAGAAUAUGUCAAAAUCUCAAAGUGCUGAUACUGGCUAUGUCAGGAGCUGUGAAAGAAUCACUCUCUGUCCUGACCUUAGCUUUGGGAUCCAGCAGCCCUGCAUUUAUAAAGAAGCCUGAAUUCGCACAGGAAGUGGUGGACCUGGUGCGUCUGCGGAGCGAGGACAGUCCUCUGAUGGCGAGCGUGGAGCAGGCAGUGUCCCGCCUCCAGCAGGCGGGUCAGGUGACCCAACGGAACCUGGACGAGAUGUUGUGUCACACCCCCACGGGGAAGAGGAGGAUGCCCAUGGGGAUAAUGGAGGAGAGACGGAUCAGCCGGAGGACUCUGAGGCCUCUGCAGUCCACUCUGUUGUCAGAGUGAAUGGGACUAGGUGUAUCUCUUAGCGUGUUUGAGGGGAUCAAGGUGAGGCGCAGAAUUGUGAAUCUUGAUCAGGUAAUGAGUAGGUUUUUGGGAGGGGAUUUGCAGAUCAGUGAUUCUAGUUGUACCCGUCCCUGUCACAGCCAUGGGAGUCUGCUCUCACACCACCCAAACAGGACUGAACAGAAACAGUCUCUGAGAUGCACUCUCUCUCCCUACACCCAGACCUGGACUUUAUAGCGACCUAUAGUGUACCAGUCAGUGUAAUCUACCUCUCAACCAGAGACCCUUAUGUAUUCCUCCUUUUUGGGCUUAUUCUUCACCCCUUCACCCAAAAAUAUGCGAUGGUACAAGUAUACUAGUUGGUUCGAUGUCUGGGGAGCCCCUUCAGAGCAUUACAGACUUUUAACUGCUGACUGUGAAAAGGUUUGUUGAAUCCAAGGGACACCAAUGUGUGCAAAAGAAGAAUGUAAAGGUGUAUGUGAGACAGAUGUGUAUAAACAUGUCAUUAUUUGUGAUUUAUAGUGUAAUACAUAUUGAAUGAUAUAAAAGCUGCUGUUGUAAGUCUU